GUUCUUUUCAGUCUUUUGUGUAUUUUAUCCCCAUGGUACAAGCCAACAAAUCAAAUGUUUUGGGUUCAACCAUUUCCAAGGUCUGACAGAAGGGUAAAGGAAGAAGUGAGUUAGGAAGGAUUAUGGAGGAGGUCUGGGAUUUGGGCAAUGUUUAAAGAAGAGGAAUGUAUCAGACAGUGGGAUAACAUAUCUCACCGGCUGUCUCCAUGGCUCUCCUGUGCUGUAUUGUUUUGGUGUCUCUGUGUGUUUUUAAAUUUGCCUCAGUUACUGUUGUAGCCGACAUGGACUAUGGAGGUGUUCCUCUGUGGAUUAAUCGCCUGCUGGGUGAGCCCAGUGUGAUGAGCCUGCAGGGACGGAUGGACCCAGCCUGGUUUCGAGCCAACAACCCCAAGGCCUGCCCUCAACAGUGUGACUGCCCCAUCCAGUGGCCCACGGCGCUCUACUGUGACCACAGAGGCCUGACAGACAUCCCUGACAACCUGCCGGACAGAACUCAAUACCUGUUUCUACAGGGUAACAACAUCUCAACCAUGUCCUCUUCCUUUCUGGCCAACAUUACUGAUCUACGCUGGCUUAUCUUGGAUCACAACCAGCUGCAGAGCAACGUGCUGGACCAGGUUGCGCUGCAGAACCAGGCCCAGCUCUGCUACCUUUUUGCCAACCACAACCACCUGAGAUCAGUGCCCACUGCUCUACCAGCUGGACUCAAGCAACUGCGACUGGCACACAACCAAAUCAGCAGCAUCAGCCCUCGAGCUUUCCAGAACCUGCACAACCUGACGCAGCUGCUGCUGCAGGGAAACAGACUGCAAACCAUCGCAGAGGGAGACCUCAAAGAUCUGGUCAGUCUGAACCUGUUGGAACUCAGUGGGAAUUUGUUCUCGUCUGUCCCCAGGCAUUUACCCCGUUCAGUCCAGCAGCUCUAUAUGUCUAAUAACACUCUUUCAGGACUAGAUGAAGACAGUUUUGUGAGAUUUCUCCACCUUAAGUACCUCCGUCUAAGUCACUGUGGUCUGGAGAGCAGCGGCAUCCACCUUCAGGUUUUCAACAUCUCCAGCUUGGUGGAACUGGACCUUUCUUAUAACAAACUUACCACCAUUCCCAGAGUCCCCACCACCCUGCAGUACCUCUACCUGGAGGCCAAUGAAAUACAAGAGUUCAACGUGACCAGUUUCUGCAGAGAGGUGGGACCUCUGUCCUACUCUAGGAUAAAGUUCCUACGAUUGGAUGGAAACAAAAUGUCCUACCAGCAGCUGCCAUCUGACUGGGUAUUCUGUCUGCGAGUGCUUGAAAAUAUUUACAUCUGAUCCACCUUCUGAACAUGCAACAAAAUAGGGUCACCGUAUGUGACUGGCUAACCUUAUCUAGAAAAAAGGGUGAUUCAACUCAAGGUUUUUAUUUUGAAUGCAACUUGAAAUUGUGAAGUCAAACAACUUAGCAUUAUAUACCAGAGGUUACUUUAAUUAAUUAUGUCUUCAAUACAUACCCAGGAAAUGAAGGAAAGACUAAUCUUCAAAUGAUGCCAAAGCUUGAAUUUAUACUGUACACUAAACCGGUGUUAUGUUAUGCCAAAAGUCCUGAUCAAAACAUUUAGCAUACCACCAGUGCUUUCCCAUGGGUGUCUGUCUCUCUCUCUCUCUCUCUCCAACUUUUCCAAGUUCUGCCUCAGCAGGGUCACACAUCUGUGUGUUAUUACCAAAUAGGAACUGUGACAAACCCUUACAUCUCUGACUGUACAAAAUAAUGUGCUGUUGUUAAACUGAGCUGUAUUUUGGGGAAAGGAAAACCUGUAUGAAUGGCAAAAUUCAGUAGCUUUCCCAUGAGAGAUUCUGACUAAGUUAGCUGGACAGUAUUAGACAGCCCCAACAAUGGACACAUUGACUAUAAAAAUGUUCUGACAACUGUUGAAAAUCUUAAAGUUUCGAAUGUGAACUUCCCGUUACAAGAUUAUUAAAGGUUUAAACCUCUUUUUACAAAAUAUUGUUACAUUAAACUUUAAUUUGAAAGCUGAUGUCCAUGAUCUUAAAAUAUGAAACUUGCUUUGCACAACAACA